ACCCCCAAGUACUGGAAUGAUCAAGCCAUGGCGACACUGAACCGGGCUAAAAACUUGAAACCCAUCGAUCACAGAGCCAAGAAUCUAAUUAUGUUCCUGGGAGAUGGGAUGGGAGUAACCACAAUAUCUGCAGCACGUAUAUACCAAGGACAACUGAGUGGUCAAACUGGAGAAGAAAAUAUAUUAGAGAUGGAAACAUUUCCUUAUGUUGCACUUUCUAAGGUGUACAAUGUAGAUGCACAGGUCCCUGACAGUGCGGGUACAGGUACAGCCUAUUUGUGUGGCGUAAAAGGCAAUUCUGCGACCUUGGGUGUGAGCGCGGCUGCAACAUAUGGAGUUUGUACAAGUGCCAAUGGCAAUGAGGUGACAUCUAUACUUCAUCGAGCAAAGGAAGCAGGCAAAUCUGUAGGUAUUGUAACGACAACCCGCGUCCAACAUGCCUCUCCAGCGGCUGCUUAUGCACAUAGUGCCAAUCGGGAUUGGUACUCUGACAAUGAGAUGACCACAACCAUGAUUAACAAUGGCUGCAAGGACAUCGCAUAUCAGCUGGUGCACAAUACCGAUAUUAAUGUAAUUCUUGGUGGAGGAAGAGCCUAUAUGAGUCCCAAAGGCACCCCAGACCCAGAAUACCCAACCAGUUCAUCAAGUGCAGGCAGUCGAAAUGAUAAUCUUACCCUAACAAAAAUAUGGCAAGAUCAGCGAAAGGGUUCUAUAUAUGUUUGGAACAAAGAACAAUUUGAUGCUGUAAAUGAAGAGACCACUGAUUAUCUUAUGGGUCUUUUUGAACCAAAAGACAUGAAAUAUGAGUUAGAUCGUGACCAUUCCAUGGAUCCAUCCCUUGCAGAAAUGACAGAGAAAGCCAUUAAGAUUCUGAGCAAGAAUCCAAAAGGGUUCUUUCUGUUUGUAGAAGAUAACGGUAGAAUUGACCAUGGCCACCAUGAUUCUAAUGCACGAAAUUCGUUGACUGAGGCUGUUGAGUUUGACAAGGCUAUCCAUAUUGCUGGGAAGCUAACAAAAGAAUCUGAAACCUUGACUGUGGUGACUGCUGAUCACUCUCAUGUCUUUACUUUUGGAGGAUACACAGAUCGUGGCAAUAGUAUUUUAGGAAAAGCACCAGGCAUGGCUUCAGAUCGCUUGCCCUAUACCAGCCUUCUCUAUGGCAAUGGUCCUGGUUACAAAUAUGUUAAUGGCUCUAGAGAGAAUAUUACGACUGUUAACAUUGAAGGAGAAUACAGACAGCAGUCUGCAGUUCAACUUUCCUCAGAGACACAUGGAGGAGAGGAUGUGGCCAUCUUGGCUAAAGGACCCCUUGCUCAUCUCUUCCACGGGAUUCAUGAGCAGAACUACAUUGCCCAUGUUAUGGCUUAUGCAGCCUGCUUAGAACCUUAUAAAGACUGCCCACCAAAUUCAGGUUUACUCAUCUCGUCAUCCAUCAUGUUGCUAUUGACCUCUGUAUGGACUGCCCUAAUGUGGUGAAGACAGACUUAAAGGCCCAUCAUUAUACAUCAUUGCACAAAUCUCUUAAAUAUUCUCUAUACAAUAAUUUUUAAAGGCUAUUGGAAUUUCACAGUGCACUUGAAACAAUGUUAAAGAAAAAUUGUUACCGCGUUUUGGUACUCCAAGCUAAUACCACUAGCGUAUAGCUGGGAGAUCUGGGAGAUAUAAUUUCUUUUCUGAAACUCACCUAAAAAUCCCUGCUGUUAUCCUACAAAUAUCCCUCCCCACGAGUCACCCUGAUGAUGUGUACAAGCUCAGCAUUCCUG